GGUAACAACAGGCCUGUAAAUCGAAAGCUCCCCCCCAGCCUCCAUGUUUGGUAAUGCCUGGUGGAGUGCCCUCGAGUACGGAGGGGCGUUUGAGGACCCGCGCAUUCAGUCAGGCGCAGCAGCAACAGCAGGCGAGUCGAUCAAGCGCAGCAGAUCAACGGUUUCGACGCAGGACGAGAAUAUAACCCGCCCAUCUACCGCCGGCACCCAGCCGACUGGUCCCAGCAUAUACCCCCCGGCGCAUGUCGAACAUGAAUUUGGGUUUCAAAAGAGAGCCAAAGGCACCUUUCUCAACCACACUCCGCGCGACUUUGAACUGAGAGGCUCGAAGCCAGUAAUGGACGGACAACGGUCGCAGACGGCUGCCAGGGAAAACUACUCACGCCCCCGGAUUUUCGGCCGCGCAAAGUCGGUGAAUGGUAAAAUGGGCUCCAGGGGACAGCAGUACUGCUGCGGCUUUUUGGCAGACGACGACAACAAGGCAGAGUACCACGUCUCUGUCUUCCCAGUGGCACCCGUGAGACCAAAGGUCAAGGAUAUUACGCCGCCGUCGUCGCCAGAAGGAUGUGGGCCAUCUUUUAAACUGCCGCAACGGUCGUCGUCUGUUCGUUUGAUCAAGGCGCUCAAGUUCGAGUCGCGCUCCGGACAUGCUCGCCGCGAAGCCAGUACCAAACGUGCGACGAGCUCAUCUAUCGACCAGGACCCAGAUAUAAGAUUUCAGCGCCGACAAACACUGCUAAAGCUUACUGCUCCGAGCCCGACUAUCGGCGCGCAAAAUGCAGAGCUGGAGCCGCAGGUCUCGAAGCAUAGACGCGAAGCCAGCCAUGAUGCGCUCAAGAGAGUGUUACCGCAUAUGGAGCAUGCGCAAAAGGGGGAAAUGGGCAUCUUUGGACUGAUCCAGGAGUACUUGCAUGGCCCGGGGGACGAGCCAGGCCCAACAUAUGAGACGUCGUUUCAUGCGUAUUCGACCGAUCCGGAGAAGGUUGUUCUGCCGCAGCCACCAGAGUCUCUGCCUUGUGGAGCAGCCGAAGAAGAACACAUUCUGGCGUUUCCUGCCCACGGGUUGGAGAUACCAGAGCCAUCACCGGCGUUGCCCGAGCGAAGUCCAAAGCGCCUUGCCUACUCGGUUUUCCCACUGCACGUCAAAUCUGCGUUGUCCAUGGACAGUACAAACUCUCGGACAGCGCCAGCACAGUCUUUACCACUUCAAGCGAACAAUGUCUCCGCGCCACAGGAGCGCCUCUCGAAACGAAUAGACGUGGGUCAGGCUGGCCAGGUAGGGUCUCCUCAAGUAGGACGCCUGGCACCCCCGAUUCUCAGCCACGACGCCCUCACAGCAAGCGCGGAUUUGGGAUUAAACGAUCUCAGCUUUUACCUUAAGAAUACUGGGCCCCCGCCGGAACCCAAGCCCGCCGUUCCAUCGCGAAAGAAGAGUCUGAAGAUGUUCAUCAGGAAGGAAAAGAAGACGGACGCCGCACAGGCGGACUCGAAACAAGAGGGCUUGCCCAGAGUGCGAAGACAACCGUCGAUUCCGGCUUGCACUCGCGAAAUGAAAACGGCGGCCGGAGCCAGGCAUUUGCGAAUCGUCGUGCCGACCGAUAGCCCGCGCCAAACGCAAGACGAGUUUGUUGCAGCACCGCAGCCGCAGCCGCAGCCGCAGCCGCAAGCCCAGCGCCACACCCAGCACUACGCUCCGGCCAACGACAAAGAAGUGGUUCAUGCCUGUGGGGAUCCUCGCGUGCAGAAGAUAACCAGCGGGCAUGAAGCACACGUACGCUCGAUAUCCGAGCCCAUCAAUACGCCACUGCAUACCGCACCGAGACUCUCCUCGACGCAGCCCAUCAAAGAGCACUACUCGCUACCGGUGCCCAGCAAGCCGCGCCCGCAGCAAGCCACGCCCACACUCAAACUCCGAGAUUUAGAACGCGAACGCCAGAAACCGCUGCCGAGCGGCUAUCUCACGACCCAAGGCACGCACUUUGAGUCGUUUACCGGCGCCAUUGCCACGCCGGAGAGCUUGCAGGACCCCCCCUCCUCUUCAGCCGCCGGCGCUGCUGCUGCUGCUGCCAUGGAAACAGAUAGCGGGCAUGACGAAGGCUUUGUAGACGAGGAUUUGGCGCUCAAGAUGGCGAAGCUGCAGAGGAAAAUGGGGCUGUUGCAACGGCAGAAUACGCAGCUGAGAGAUGCGUUGGUGAGGAUCGCAGGGUUGCAGCACAAGGAGAAGUUGGCGGCGUCGGCAAAGGAAAUGGAAAGCGAUGAGCGUGAGUAA